CUAUCUAUCAAAUAGAUGGCAGUGGAUGGCGCCCAUAGCAUUUUCGUUAAAGUUGACACAUUAGCCCGAGUAUUCAACCAUACUUCACAAAAACAGUGAGUUUUUGUCAAUUUGCUGUUCUUAUUGAAAGUUAAAUUAUCUUUGUGAAGUAUCCUAAGUGUAUCAAUGUUAGUAUGGCUUCGGCUAAACUCGACUGGGGAAAAUAUGUGGACGAGCAGGAAAAGCUAUCCGCAAAGGUGGCCAACUUAAACAUAGAGAAACAACAAAAGGAAAGCACAACAGGCAGUACAGACUCCAAGAGCGACGAUGGAACGGACGAGAUCUCGCCCGCGGAAAAAUCAUUACUACAAAAAAUUUUACGCAAGGGUUUGGUGGAAACAACAAAGGAUUUAAAAAUCCAAAGGAUAGACCCAUCUUCGCCUUUAUACAGUGUCAAAUCUUUCGAAGCUCUUCAUCUUAAACCAGCUUUAUUAAAAGGUGUAUAUGCUAUGGGGUUCAAUGCUCCGUCCAAAAUUCAAGAAACUGCGUUACCAACUUUGCUCGCCGACCCACCUCAAAAUAUGAUUGCUCAGUCACAAUCUGGAACCGGUAAAACAGCAGCAUUUGUUUUGGCAAUGCUUAGCAGAGUUGAUACCACUAAAAAUUACCCUCAAGUACUUUGUUUAUCGCCAACGUAUGAAUUAGCCAUACAAACGGGGGAAGUAGCAGCAAAAAUGUCUGCAUUUUGCAAUGAAAUUAAAAUAAAAUAUGCUGUUAGAGGAGAAGAAAUAAGUCGCGGAUCGAAAAUCACGGAACACAUCAUCAUAGGAACACCUGGAAAAGUCUUGGACUGGGCUGUUAAAUUCAAGUUUUUUAGUUUGAACAAAAUAUCUGUUUUUGUUCUAGACGAAGCCGAUAUAAUGAUCGCAACGCAAGGUCAUCAAGAUCAGUGUAUUCGUAUUCAUAAGCAACUUCCGCGCACGUGUCAAAUGAUGUUCUUCUCUGCCACUUAUGAGCCAGAAGUCAUGAAAUUUGCAGAAAUUAUAGUUAAUAAUCCUUUGAUAAUAAGAUUAUUGAAAGAAGAGGAAAGCUUAGAUAACAUUAAGCAAUACUAUGUCAAGUGCAAGGACUUGGAUGAAAAAUAUACAGCUAUUACUAACAUUUAUGGUGUAAUAACAAUAGGACAAGCGAUCAUUUUUUGUCAUACGAGAAAAACAGCUAACUGGUUAGCUGAGAAAAUGACGAAAGAUGGUCACGCAGUAGCCGUUUUAUCUGGGGAAUUAACGGUAGAACAAAGAAUAUCUGUUUUGGAUCGGUUUAGAGCUGGUCUCGAAAAAGUUCUUAUAACGACAAAUGUCUUAGCAAGGGGCAUUGAUGUUGAACAAGUGACGAUAGUAGUGAAUUUCGAUUUACCAAUGGACCAAAACCGGCAAGCAGAUUGUGAAACAUACUUGCACAGAAUCGGUCGAACCGGACGAUUUGGUAAAUCUGGAAUUGCUAUCAAUUUGAUAGAUUCACCGCACGCAAUGGAAUUAUGUAAAGAUAUAGAGAAACAUUUUGGAAAGAAAAUACAAUAUCUCGAUGCGGAUGACGCAGAUGAAAUAGAAAAAAUUGGAGCUUAGAUUAACGCGUAAGAAAUAUAAUUAUGCUUUAAACGUUUAACGUACGUAGGUGUAUUGUAAUACUUCCGAAAAGAAUAGAUCUUUGUAUUCUUAAUACCAAUUCUUUGUAUUUCUUUUCCAAUAGCAUACAUAUAUUACCGAUAAAUGUUAUUUUUGAUUUUUUUUUU